UUCUCAUGUCUGUCUUCUAAAUACACGUGCCCUGGCGUCCCUGCCAUCAUGAGCACCUUGCUGGCGAAUAUAAAUGCUUUCUAUGCUCACACGACAGUUUCAACAAAUGUGCAGGUUUCUGCCUCAGAUCGAUUUGCCGCUACCAAUUUUGGUAGGGAAAGAUUCAUAAAACUACUAGACCAGUUGCACAACUCGUUAAGGAUUGACCUGUCAAAGUAUAGGGAAAACUUUCCUGCUGGCAAUGCUGAAAGAUUGCAAGACCUGAAAUCAACUGUGGACUUGCUAACAAGUAUCACCUUUUUUAGACUGAAGGUUCUGGAGCUGCAAAACCCCCCAAAAGCCAGCAUGGUGGUAAAGGACUGUGUCAGAGCUUGCCUGGAUGCUACGUACAAGUACAUUUUUGAUAAUUGCCACGAACUCUAUUCCCAGCUGAUAGACCCGAGUAAGAAACAGGACAUUCCUCGGGAAGAGCAGGGACCAACCACCAAGAAUUUGGAUUUUUGGCCCCAACUUAUUACCCUGAUGGUCACUAUUAUUGAUGAGGAUAAGACUGCCUAUACACCUGUCCUGAAUCAGUUUCCUCAAGAACUGAACAUGGGAAAAAUAAGUGCUGAGAUUAUGUGGACCCUUUUUGCUCUGGAUAUGAAAUAUGCACUAGAAG